AUGCGAUUCUACGGAAAUGAUCAUGACGAAGCAGUUCAACCUAACGACGGCUUCGUUAUGAUCGCACAGGUGUUGCCAACAUCUGAUGCACAGCAAGUCAUAAUAUAUCUUUGGGGACUCUUAUUUAAAGGAGUAUUCGAUGCUAUUCGGAAAAUAAAACGUUGGAUGAAACCAAAACCAGAAAAUUGGAAAGUAAAUAUCGCAAAGAAAAGAUGA